AUGGGGAGACAGGCGAGCUGGGAUGAUGGGGUCCACCAAGGCCUGGUGCAGGUUCUCAGGGAGUUGGGGGAGCCCUCCAUCCCAGGGGAGAGGCUCUCAGAUGCUAACUCUGAGCCUCUCCCACCAUCCCGUCCACCCCUUGCUCUGACUCUGCUGCCUGCAGGCUCGUUGGGGUCCCGGAUUAUUGGGGGCCGUGAGGUGAGGCCCCAUUCUCGACCCUACAUGGUGUCUAUACGCUUCCAAGGCAAGCACCAAUGCGGUGGUUUCCUGCUCCAGGCCCAGUGGGUGCUGUCGGCUGCACACUGCCUCCAAGACAGAGACCCCCGCAUGGUCGUCGUGGUGGUGGGGGCCCACACCGUGAGCAACGCAGAACUCACCCAGCAGGUGCUGAGCAUCGCCAAGGUCAUCCAGCACCCCAACUUCCAGGCCACCAGCUACACCAAUGACAUCUGUCUAUUGCAGCUCAACACCUCUGCCAUUCUGGGCCAGACCGUGGGGCUCCUGGGGCUGCCCAGGAGAAACACCCAGCCCCCACCUCCAGAUACCAAUUGCCAGGUGGCAGGUUGGGGCUCCGUGUCCGACUUCGAGGAGCCCCCGGCCGGGCUGAUGGAGGCCAAGGUCCGCGUGAUGCCCCUGGACAGAUGCAACAGUUCCUGGCAGGGCCUUCUGAGCCCAGCCAUGUUCUGCACCCGCAGUGUGGAUCGCCGGCGGCGCGGCUUCUGCUCCGGAGAUUCCGGUGGGCCUCUUGUGUGCAAGAACCGUGCCCAAGGUAUCGUCUCCUUCUCUGGCUUCUGGUGUGGUGACCCCAAGAAACCUGAUGUGUACACGCAGGUGUCAGCAUUUGUGACCUGGAUCUGGGACGUGGUUCGGAGGGGUACAAGUGCAUAA